AUGUACCGUGGAGAGCUGUGGUCGCCCCCACCUAGGCGUGCACUCGUGUUUUUGUAUAGCGAUUCGAAUGAAACACCCGCUGAUUCUCCCACUUCCCCAGAUCCAAUGUCAGGUGGUUCUUACGGCUCAUCACUGGAACACUCUCUGGGCGGUUCUUUGGAAUCAAUCAAUGGAUGUUGGGCCUAUCCCGAACCCCACCCAAUCAUGUCUUCGGCGUCACUCUGUGGAGGUUCGACAUGCCCCAACCCCAAUCCAGGCAUUUCCUCUCAGAUGCCGCCUCCACCUUGUUUAUCACUGGUGCCUAGACCAACUUCAUUGGUCCCCAAAUCCUCACGAACACUGACUCCUGUCAAAUCGAUGCCGAAUUUCCAAGCGCACGAUCCGAAUAACCCCGUGUCCUCGGGGUUGCCGUUAUGCCCGUGA